AUGUCCGAGUCCGACGAGAUCAAGCUGUGGUGCUGGGUCCUGGGUGAUUCAUACGAACGAGUCUUUUCAGUGAUCGUCGAACGUAGUGCCCGUAUUCAAGAUCUUAAGAAAGCCAUUAAAGGGGCAAAGCAUUCGUUCAAAGGCGUCGAUGCUGACUCCAUAUACCUUCAUAAGUUCCAACUGCCUUUGAAAGAUUUCAAGGAACAUGCUCAAAGCAUUGACCUUUCAAACGGCGAGAAAUUGAAGUCGUUCGAGGAAGUCUCGUUUUACUGGGUGGAAGCGCCUGGCAAGGUUCUGAGCAUCAUAUUACCACGUCCAGCCGGUACAACCGUCUCACCAUCCUCGUCCCAUAAUUUAGAUCUCUCGCUCAACCCGCCGCUGCCUCCCUGGUUGGUUGAAAUGCAUCGUGAACUGUGGGGAAAGCGUAACCUUCUUGGCAAAGUUUUUCGUACCGUAACGGUGAAGAAAGACCACUUCACCGAACUUGAAAGUCGUCUGGACGCACUGCAUCCCGAACGCAACUCCGAUGAAUACCUGUUCGUGGAUGUUAUUGCCGAGAAAUCUGAAUUCUUACGCGAGAAGAGCAUUGGUCUUGACCCAGAUCGAGACUUUGUUGGCGGUUUAGUUCCCCGACCAGUUUCAAGUCCCUGCCAGCCCCCAUCUGAUGACGACGUUGUUAUGGACAUUGACGACGUUGUUAUGAACGACGACGCUGACUUGGUCACUGAUGAUUAUCAUCUUCCAAAGGAAGCCACAGCGAUUUUCCCCUAUACCUUUCGGUAUCUGGACCUGACUGUCCUCCAGUCCAAGCUUAAGACGCUUCGUGUGCCACGGUUGAUAUUCUAUCGAAACGAGUGGGACAUAAUGAUAGACAUCUUCAACAAGAGGGAAGAGGGCAUUAAGGGGAGCGCCGUCUUUUCGGGUCAGCCGGGCAUCGGUAAAACAUGUAUGUUGUAUUCCAUCCUCGUUCUUUGCAUCAUUCUCGCCAAACCAACCGUGUUUCAGGACUUAGAUGGCAAUGUCUUCAUCGUUGAUGCUACCGUGCGCCCUUUGGACACACAGAAGGUAUAUAACGACGCCGACGAUGUUCUUACACUUGUCGAUGCCGACGAAAACGUUUGCACACCUCGUACGGAUAUCUUUCGUCAUUGGCAAUGUCGCAUACUUGUCACCUCCCCGCCAAGAAAGAAGGACGACCGAAGGUGGCUUACUCAAAGAGUUAUGGAGGAUGCGGUCUUCAUGAUGGAUCCAUGGUCGCGAGCCGAAUUUGUUGUUGCAUCGUUGUUCCUGCAUAGCAAAAACAUCACCCUCAAGCAACUUCAGGAAGCUUCCCGUAUUUGCAGCAACAUACCUCGUACAUCUCAUCUAGCAGUGGUAUCUGGUGUAGCUGUUCGCAAUGCCAAAAGUGUGGUCAAGAGUGCGAUUGUCCAUACCCAAGCCUUGUUUGAUGCUAUUAUCGGCAUGAAUCUGGGUGGCGAAACAGUCAUCCAUCGUGUAUUCCAAAUACGCCCGCCCGACAAGGAUCGGUCGUGGGAGAACAGUUGCGUGGAGCCAAUUUCAGACUGGAUUCUCUCGGAGAUGAUGGAUGCCCUGGACGAGCGAAGGCCAGGCGCUGCCUAUGAGUUCUACUGUCGCCUAAGAAGUUACAAUAAUGGCAACUUUACACUCGCUUCAAAGUCAUUCGAAUAUCGCCUUCACAAAUACUUGAAAAGAUCUUCCCAUCGAAUCUUUACUAUCCAGUCUCUUGAUAACCCCUUUCCCACUCUUGAAUUCUUCCCCUCCUUGAAUCCUUAG